AUGCUUCCUGCUCUCAAUCAAUCUAUAAAAUUGUCUAAUGGUAUUAAUAUGCCACUUUUUGGGCUUGGGACCUGGCAAGCUCAGUCAGGUGAAAUUAAAAAAGCUUUAAAAAUAGCUCUUGAUAAUGGUUAUCGUUUAAUCGAUACAGCCAAAAUUUAUGGAAAUGAAAAAGAAAUAGGGGAAGUUUUAAAAGAAUAUUUUUCAUUAGGUAAAUUGGUAAGGGAUGAUGUUUUUGUUACUACUAAACUUUGGUGUACACAUAAUAAACCAACAUUUAUUGAAUCGGAAUUAAAAAAUUCACUGAAAAGACUUCAACUUAAUUAUGUUGACCUGUACCUAGUACAUUUUCCAACAUGUUUUAAUAAUUCCGGAACUAAAUUUGAUACUUCUGUUACUAUUGAGGAUACAUGGAGAGGAAUGGAAAAAGUAUAUGAGAAAGGUCUCACCAAAGCAAUAGGAGUAUCAAAUUUUUCCAAUGAACAAAUUGAAAGAAUUAUGAAAAUAGCUAAAAUUCCAAUACAUAAUUCUCAGGUUGAAGUUUACCUUUAUUGGCCACAAUAUGAACAUCAUGAGUGUUGUAAGAAAUAUAAUAUUUCAUUGACUGCCUAUGCUCCUAUUGGAUCACCAGGAAGAGUCAAUUACUCUGCAAUUAAUUGGGGUAAAACAAUAGAUGUUCUUGAGGAUGAGAUUGUUGCUAAGAUGGGAAAAAAGUAUAAAAAAACUCCAGCACAAAUUCUUUUACGUCAUCUUAUUCAAAGAGAAAUUUCUGUUAUUCCAAAAUCUUCAAAUGAACAAAGAAUCAUUGAAAAUAGUCAAAUAUUUGAUUUUGAAUUGAGUAACGAUGACAUGACGACAUUAAACAAUAUAUCAACUCGUCAAAGACUUUUUAAACAAGAAUUUAUGAUUGGCCAUCCAGAAGAUAGUUUCAUUAAAGAAAGAUAA